CCCACUCAUACACUCACUCACACACUCGCUCACUGAUACACCGGCUCACUCUUACACUUACUCGCUUAUACACUGGCUCAUAUGCUCGCUCAUUUUUACAUUCACUUACACUCACUAAAUUAAUUGAUCAUUCAUUCAGUCACUCAAUGACCUACCUACCCACUUUCUCACUCACUCAAGUACUUGCUCAUUCACGAACUCACUCACCCGCUCACUCACACACUCAAUGACCCUGUAUGACCCAGUGUCACCCUGUCUGCCAGAGUUUCCCCGUGACCUUUGAGCUGACGCAGCCCAUGAUGGACGCUAUGCACCGCGGGGCCGUGUGCGUGCAGGUGUGGAGCUCCAGCGAGUACCGGGUGCUGAGCCACACGGACUGCAUCUCCACCCCUGCAGGAUCCCUCCAGUUCCUCCUGCUCCUCCUCCUCCUCCCGUUCGUUGGGGCGGUGCUGCUCGCUGUGCGGUUCGCACGCGGAACGCGGCACAGAGAGAGGUCCCACGCACGGGGAGGUGGAUUACCGAUGACGGAAUCGCCGCUCCUCCGCUCUUCGACCGCGACGCCAUCACCGCCAUCAUCGUUAGCACUGUCACCGUCGCCUCCGCCGUCGUCGCCGCCACCACUACCCUGGCCGCCCCUCCUCAUCGUCCACUCGCACGACCAGGCCAUACUUCACCGGGCCGUGCUGCAGCUGGCGUGGCUGCUGCGCGCUCGCUGCGGGCACGCGCUGCGCGUGGUCCUUGACGCGUGGGAGAGCGUGCGUCUCGCCCAGCUGGGCCCAGCUCGCUGGGUCGCCACCUCCUUAACCUCCGUUGUCUCCUCCACUACCUCCUCUUCAACGUCCUCACCAUCAUCCCCAGCAACAGCAUUCCCAUUUGCAUUUUCCACGGCAUCCUCAUCCCCGUCAUCUCCUUCGGUGUCAUCGUCGUCAUCCGCUUCUUCUCCGUGGUGGUGGUCGUGGAGGAGGAGAAGGAGGAGCGAGGAGGAGAUGCGUGCCACCGUGCUGGUGAUCUGCUCGCCGGGCACGCGAGGUCGGGGUGCGGGGGCUGAGCCCAGAGGGGACGUGCUGGACGCCACCCUGGAGCUAUUGCUGGGUGCCCCCCACUGCGGUGGGGGGCCACGCGUCCUGGUGGCGUGUCUACGCGGCGCGGGGGGCCCCUCGGACGUGCCCCCCGCGCUGAGGUCGCAGCCCUGCUUCUCGCUCCCGCGCGACCUGGACGCUCUGUGCGCGAGGCUCCUGCAGGGUGCGCCCAGGGCCCAGGGGUUGGGGACUCACCGGGGAGGGGCCUGGGACCACCGGGAGGACCUGGAAGCCUCGAGGGCCCUGGAGGCCCUGGAGGCGACGCUCUCGGAGCUGGACGACGCGAGGCAGCGCGUGAACCUGCUGGGCAUGGACGAGGAGCGGGAGGGGGUGUGGGGUGGCCUUGCCCCACCACGCUCACUCGCGUCCAGCGUGACCGACGCGGGACGAGGAGAUGUCACGACGGCCAUCUGACGGCCAGCUGCCCGGACAUUUGGACUGAGAUUUUUUUUACUAGAUAAAGGCAAAAGCGCAGCCCCACAAUUUCUUUGUGAUGCCACUGCUGGCAAAAAGGCCUCUACUAUAAGAACUCCAGAGAGUCACUCUAAAAUGUGUUUGGCCUACUCUUCCAUGCUGCCCAGACGUCCUGUGAGAAAUAGGAGUACCCACAUUUUACCCCAACACACAUGACUUGCUGAGUGGACAGAGGUGAGGAGUGUUAGGGGUGUAGGGGAGGUUGUGAUUUCAGAAAACGUUCGCACCGUUUAAACCACCACAUCUGGAGAUCGCAUCGAACGGGAGGGGACCUCUGCUGGAUUGCAAGCCCAGGGGGCUUCACCGGUCAGACAAACUGAAAUUGCAAAGCACGGCAAUUCGGAGGAGGCUUUCAUCCAGCAGUGGAUUGACAAGGGGGAUGUGAAUGGUUAAGUUAUUCACGUGGUGUUUGUGAAAUGCUGCGAAUGGCGCUGUCCGUGAGUGUGGAUGCGCAACACCCACCCAGUAUUAACUGCAUUGAGGAAAUUGGUGAAAAUUUAAUUCGUCUCAGUGUUUUCCUUUUUUUAUUUAAAGUCAACGAUGACCGUGAGCGGACGACUUCCGCCACGCGUGACGAUGAUGACUGGUGCUAAACCACAGAUGAGCGUUCGUGAGCGAGUGGGAUUAGAUGAAACCGUCGAGUCUGCAUGAAGCAAGGUGCUCAAGAGUAAUAACUAUAUCAGAACUUUAAUAUUGUAAACUUUAAUCAUUGCAUUUCCAAAUGUUUUGUGAGGAAAUGAAAAAAUCAACAGGCAACGAUAUGACGAUAUUCUGACCUAUGCGUGUGUAUGAUGGCAAUGUGUUCAGGAGUUAAAUGUCAAUGUCGAGGUCUGCUGCGAUUCACGACGAGAGGGCUUCAGCAGAGAGAGUUUGUGUAGUUUUGCUGUACCACUUCCUCCUCCGUUGAAGGAACAGACUACAGUGGUUUACGAUACCGUCCAUAGUUUAAAAUGCAUGGCCACAGCCACACUCCUGUGGCUUGUGUCUUUAAUGUUUCAUUCAUUAAGGAGAUGUGUGCAUCAGCCCGUUGAUGUUCUCACGUGGUUGAUGAUUACAGCGGUAUUUGAGGAAUGUCAUAGCCAGGUAUGUGAUGUUUUGGUCUUGAACGAGGUAUUUCUGGACGUCCGCGUCGUUCCACUCUCUUCGCCUGCGUUCUUCCAGAUCGGGGUGAGAUUCCUGAAUGGGGACAGCGCAAUCCCAGACGGAGGGAUUGGGACUCGAGUCGACUGAGAGGUUAAUUGUUAAAGUUGUGGGUGAUUAUAGGUGGUUGUUGUUGGCAAUUAAACGUGGAAACUCCUUUGCAAAUAUUGUGCAUCAUACCAUUGGAACCUCCUUUGCCAGUAGCAAAAUAUGAUAAUUGUUUUUUACCCUUUUAUCUGGCAACAAAAC